AAUACGGUUUGUUUUGGUUGUGUUUCUCCGCUUUCGCAUGUGAAAAUCGCUAGAAAUACGUGAUAUUUUGCAAAGAACCCCAUUGAAAUAGUUGUAUUUACUGGUAAAGUACCAUAUUAGUGCUGUAUCACAGGUGAAAUCUUUUUAAUUCUCCCUGGAAUCUGUUCAACUGUGAUCUAACCUCAAAAUGAUCCACUUCAAUCGUGGGGGCGAUUCCGGGACGUUCCAUUUGGAUGCCAAUGAGCUGAAAUUCGCUGCUUUCACCUCGGAGGAGGUGAAGAAGCUCAGCAAGGUGAAAAUCUUUACGUCGCAGACCAUCGACCGUCUCGGCCUGGCCAUUCCGGGAGGUCUUUAUGAUCGCCGCAUGGGUCCUUACGACACAGACGCCGAUCCCUGCCAGACGUGCGGCCGUGUGUUCGUGCAGUGCGAGGGACACAUCGGGCACAUUGACCUGUGCAUGCUGGUGUACAAUCCCAUCUUCAUCCAGACGAUUUACAGCCUCCUGCGCAUCAGUUGCUUAUCGUGCUUCAGACUCCAGCUCACAGACCAUGUAAGGUCGAUUCUGGAGCUUCAGCUACGCCUCGUGGACGCUGGCUACAUCAUCGAGGCGCAGGAGAUUGAGUACCUCAAGUGCGAGGCGGCGGCGUGUGCUGAGGGGGCGCGAGUGAAGCUGGAGAAUGGCGAGAGUCUGCAUCCCAAGAUUGCUGAGCUCAAGGAGUUGCUGGAUCGCAGUCCGGUGAAUCACUACCACAACAAGAACACGGAGGAGCUGCGAUUGAGCAUCAUCUCGACGACACUGAAGAUGGGCCUGAGGAAAUUCUGCAUCCACUGCAAGCAGGGCUUGAAGCGAAUCAAGUACUCGUACAAGACGCUGAUGAUGAGCAUCUCCAAGGCGGAAAUGAUGGACUUUUACAAGAGCCAAUCGGACAUGCUGUCAUUCGAGGAGCAGCAGAGUCGCAUGAAGUCCUCAAAUAAGGCAAUCCUGGCCGAAGAAUGUCGCAAAUAUUGCCGCGAAAUCUACGUGAAUUAUCCUCAAUUCUUCCUGCAACUCUUCCCGGUGCUGAAGAACGCCUCGUCGUCUGUCGUCACGCCCUUUGACAUCUUCUUCACGGACUGCAUCGCCGUGACGCCGCCUAAAGUGCGGCCGGCGGGCAAGAUGAACGGCCGCGUGAUUGAGCAUCCGCAAACUGAGAUCUACAAGAGCAUUCUCACGGCGAAUGUGGCCCUGAAGGCGAUCCUGGACUUCAAUACUGCAGACAGGAGUGCGAACAACAAGGACAUUGAGUUCCUCUAUGAGAGCUCGCGUGGCGACAACAAGUACGAGAAGAUGUACAACGCGUGGCGGGAGUUGCAGUCGCACGUGGACGAGACGCUGGACAUCACGAUGAGUCAGAACCGGCAGGCAAUGGGGAUGGGCUUGAAGCAGAUUCUGGAGAAGAAGGAGGGCAUCAUAAGGAUGCACAUGAUGGGGAAGAGAGUAAACUUCGCCGCGAGAACUGUGAUCACGCCAGAUCCGAAUGUUGAUGUGGAGGAGAUUGGUGUGCCUGAGUUGUUUGCCAAGAAGCUCACAUAUCCAGUGCCUGUGACACCCUGGAACAUCCAUGAUGUGCGGAAGUACGUGAUGAACGGACCGGAUGUCUAUCCGGGGGCGAAUUUCGUGGAGGAUGAGCGCGGGAAGCUCCUCAUUCCGCCCAAUGACGCCGUUCGUCGUGAGGCGAUGGCGAAACUGUUGACAACGCCGUCAGUUCAUCACAGUCUGCAGGUCGUUCAUCGGCAUUUGCUGAACAAUGACGUACUGCUGCUGAAUCGCCAACCGACUCUCCAUCGGCCCAGUAUUAUGGCGCACAAGGCGAGAAUUCUGCGUGGCGAGAAGACCUUCCGCCUUCACUACUCCAACUGCAAAUCCUACAAUGCGGACUUUGACGGGGACGAGAUGAAUGCUCACUGUCCGCAGAACGAGAUGGGCAGGAGUGAGGCGUACAAUCUCGUGAAUGUUCCCAAUCAGUAUCUCGUGCCAAAGGACGGAACACCUCUGGGAGGACUGAUUCAGGAUCACAUCAUCUCUGGCGUGCGUCUCACGAUGAGAGGGAGAUUCUUCACCAAGGAAGACUACUUCCAGCUCAUCUUUCAGGGCCUGAAUCGACAGCGAGGCGAUCUAAUCUUCCUGCCGCCGACAAUACUCAAGCCCAAGAUUCUCUGGAGUGGCAAGCAAGUGCUCUCGACCAUUAUCCUGAACAUAAUUCCGCGCGGAAAGGCACUUCUCAGCCUCACUUCCUCCUCCAAGAUCAACUCCAAGGCCUGGGAGUGUGCGAAGCCGAGGACGUGGAAGGCGGGAGGAACACCACUCGAGGACAAUUCGAUGUCGGAGGCUGAGGUGAUUAUUCGCCAGGGCGAAUUGCUCGUGGGAAUCCUUGAUAAGAUGCACUACGGCUCGACGGCCUACAGCUUGAUUCACUGCAUGUACGAAUUGUACGGUCCGGAACACUCCACACGACUCCUGAGCGCAUUCGCCAGGCUUUUCACGUACUUCCUUCAAUGGGAAGGCUUCACACUGGGGCCCAAGGACAUCGUUGUCCUGCCCGAAGCUGACAAACAGAGAGCCAAGAUCAUCAAGGAGAGUCGCAAGAUUGGCAACGCCACAGCAGCGACGGCGCUGCAUCUGCCCGAAGACAUUGGCGAGGAGGAGUUGAGGGAGAAGAUGGAUCAGGCAUUCCACAGUGACCCAAAGUUCAGGGCCAUCAUGGAUAGGCAGUUCAAGUCGGCGCUAGAUCAGUUCAACAACAACAUCAACAAGUGCUGCAUCCCGACGGGACUCGUGAGUAAGUUUCCGGACAACAAUCUGCAGCUGAUGGUGCAGUCCGGAGCCAAGGGAUCGGCCGUGAAUGCCAUGCAGAUCUCCUGCUUGCUGGGCCAGAUUGAGUUGGAGGGCAAACGACCGCCGCUGAUGGUGUCUGGGAAGGCGUUGCCGAGCUUUCCCUUCUUCGAGACGUCACCCAAGGCGGGAGGAUUCAUCGAUGGGCGCUUCUUGACGGGCAUUCAGCCGCAGGACUUCUUCUUUCACUGCAUGGCAGGUCGAGAGGGUCUGAUUGACACAGCUGUGAAGACAAGUCGCUCAGGAUAUCUGCAGAGGUGCUUGAUAAAGCAUUUGGAGGGUCUUAAUGUGAAUUACGACCAAACAGUUCGCGACAGUGACAAUUCUGUUGUGCAAUUCCUCUACGGUGAAGAUGGCCUGGACAUUGCCAAGAGUCAGUUCUUCAAGACGAAGAUGCUGUCCUUCCUGGACGACAAUGCGCAGAUCAUUGGAGACAAGAGGAUCUUGUCGGAGGUGAAGAAUGACGAUGAGAUGAGUGAGAAACUGCAGAAGUAUGUGAAGAGUAUCAAGUCGUGGGAGAAGAAGAACAAGGAUGGCGCGGGAAAGAGGAGAGUCUCGCCAUUCUUGAACUUCAGUGUGCAGCUGAAGGAGGCGCAGCCGGUGAAGAAUGGCAAUAAGGUGAAGAACGGCAGGCGCAGGGCGGACGAGAAGGCGUGUCGGAAGUGGCAAGCUAUGACGGAGGAGGAGAGAAUGGAUUACGGUGGCAAGGCCACGGAGAGAUGUCCUGAUCCGAUAGUGUCGAAGUUCCUGCCGGGCUCGUGCUUCGGCUCGGUGACUGAGACAAUGCUGAAGCUGAUCAGGGAGUACGGAAGGGAGAAUCCGACGAGACGCAAGGAGUUCACGGAAGUGAUGUAUUUGAAGGCGAUGCAGGCUGUGGCGCCGCCUGGGGAGCCUGUGGGCCUGCUGGCGGCGCAGUCUGUGGGGGAGCCGUCCACGCAGAUGACGCUCAAUACUUUCCACUUCGCCGGUCGUGGUGAGAUGAAUGUGACGCUGGGAAUUCCACGUCUGCGGGAGAUUCUCAUGCUGGCGUCGAAGAACAUCAAGACGCCGUCCAUGGAUAUUCCCUUCAAGCCGCACGCGAAGCUGGAGUCCAUGGCGGAGAAAUUGAGGGUGAAGCUGGGCAGAGUGACGGUGGCCGAUGUCCUGGAGUCCAUCAAUGUCCAGUCGCGUCUCGUGCUGCGACCGCAGAGAGUGUGGGAGUAUCGGCUGAUGUUCCGCUUCCUGCCGCGCGAGGCGUACAAGAAUGACUACUGCGUGAAGCCGAAGCAGAUUCUCAAGUACAUGAGCAAGAGCUUCUUCAAGCUCAUGUUCAGGGGCAUCGUGAAGUUGUCGCAGAUGAAGAACUCCGUGAUUGACUUUGACGAGGAGAAGCCGAAGAAGUCGGCGCAGCGCGAGAAGGGUGACAAUGAGAUUGACGAUGCAGAGCCGGAGGAGAAGACGACGGGCAAGAGCAAUUCGGGUGAAGAGAGCACGGAUGAUGAGGGAAUGGACGAUGCUGAUGCCACGGAUGCGAACAGGAAGAAUAAACAGGCUGAUCAGAAGGACUACGAUGAGCCGGACGAUGAGGAGGAGAAGCAGGACGCCGAUGCUGAUGAUCAGGAGAUGAACGAGGAGGAGGAGAAGAAGCUGCUGGAAGGCAAGGAGGAGGAACUGCAGGAGGACGAAGAGGCGGCGACGGUGAUCGAGAGCAAUGAGUUCACCGAGGCGUACAGAUACGACAAGGAGCAUCACUUGUGGUGCGAGCUGGUCUUCCAUCUGCCGGUCAAGUACAAAUCCUUGGAUUUGACGGCGAUGCUGCGGGAAGUGGCGAAGAAGGCGGUGAUCUGGCAAGUGCCCAACAUCAAUCGCGCCAUCACGUACUUCCAGGGCGAUCAGCUCAUGCUAAAGACGCAGGGCAUCAACAUUGUGGAGAUGUUUCAGUACAACAAACUGCUGGAUCUCGAUGGUUUGUACUCCAAUGACAUUCACGCCAUCGCCCAGACUUAUGGAAUUGAAGCCGCCGGGCGGGUGAUCGUGAAGGAGGUGCAGAAUGUGUUCAAGGUCUACGGUAUCACGGUGGAUCCGCGCCACUUGUUCCUCAUCUCUGAUUACAUGACCUUCAACGGGUCAAUUUCUGCGCUGAGCCGCAAAGGCAUGGAGAAUUCCGCUUCGCCGCUGCAGCAGAUGUCCUUCGAGUCGUGCAUGCGCUUCCUCAAGGCCGCCACAGUGUCCGGAUGCACGGACAGCCUGAGCUCUCCGUCCAGUCGCCUCAUGGUCGGGCAGCCGUGCAAGAGUGGAACUGGAGCAUUUUCUCUGCUCAACGACAACAGGAUGUUCCUGAAGAACUUCACACGAAAGGCCGCGGAGCAAGUUUCCUACUGAAAUCAGAUUUCCUGCACAGCUUUGGAAGUGGGG